UGGGAACCAGUAACGUCACCGAGCCUCGACGUCACAGGCAAGGGAUUGGCUGUCUGGUGCAGGGCCGCGCCCGCUCCGGCAGCCCUAUAUAAUGCCGAGCGAGAGCAAUUACUUCCAUUACUUUACCCAGCUUAGCAGCACGGAGUUAUAGUACGUAUUGUUCUGCCUAUAUCGUUGGGAAAAGAAGAACCAAGAAAAAGCCUUAACGUUGCCCCUUCAGCGAUUUGAGUCUCCAGUGCCUUGAGGUUGUGUGAGGCGAGAGUGAAGUUGAGAUAUUUAAGACACCCUCAAAAAAUGGCUUCCGUGGUCUGGCAAGACACCUUGAGCCUUCCACUGGAUAUCCAGCAGAUGGACACAGAGAUCGACUUCGACGAGAUCGCGAGGCUGGCCACCAGUAUUGUGAACUUUGACAUAUCUUGCCCGCAGCCCGCCGGCCAGGAGGUGAACCUUGACGAGCUGGUGAACCAGGCCAUCAGUGGGGACACCCUCUUUGACAGCACCAAGCUUAGUGGGGACAACGACGUGGGGGUGGGGCCGCAGCCUGCCAGCCAGGAGGUGAACCUUGACGAGCUGGUGAACCAGGCCAUCAGCGGGGACACCCUCUUUGACAGCACCAAGCUUAGUGGGGACAACGGGGUGGGGGUGGGGCCGCAGGAAUACAGUCGAAAUCGGCGCACGGACGAACUGCUCACACUCCUGCCCCAGGAUAACUUUUCCAGUCUCGACGUUCAGCCCGCCUCUCCGGAAUUCCUGUUCCUGCAGCCCGCCGUCCCCGAGCCUUUCUUGCAGCAGACCCCUAGCCUAGUGCCUGACCCCAUGCAAGCCGCCGACACCAAGCCUGCCUCCCCUGAGAUCCUGUUCCUGCAGUCCACCAUUCCAGAACCUUUCUUGCAGCAGACCGCAACAGCCAUCUCCCAGCAGACCCUCAGCCCAGCAGCCAUCUCCCAGCAGACCCUCAGCCCAGCAGCCAUCUCCCAGCAGACCCUCAGCCCAGCAGCCAUCUCCCAGCAGACCCUCAGCCCAGCAGCCAUCUCCCAGCAGACCCUCAGCCCAGCAGCCAUCUCCCAGCAGACCCUCAGCCCUGCAGCCAUCUCUCAGCAGGCCCUCAGCCCUGCAGCCGACCCCCAGCAGGCCCUCGACCUUGAGCCCUGCAACAUCCAGCAACUAGACCUGCCCCAGCUGUCUGCCAGCCAAACUUCCCUGGCUGCCUCCCCUGCCAGCUCGUGUGUGAUGUCCUCCUCAUCCAUGUGGCAGCAGAAGCAGGAUGAGGGAGUGGCCUUGCCUGCCCCUCUGCAGGCCGUUGACGCCCCUAAGAAGCGUGGGCGUAAGAUCAAGAACCCCAAUGGCAUGGCCCUCAGUCGCAGGCAGUCCAAGAGGCCCAAGGUGUAUGAGAUGGCUCCAUUGCCUGAUGAGGAGAUGGAAAAGAAGCGGAAGAACGCAGUGAAUGCCAAGAGACAUCGCGACAUGCAGAAGGCGAAAAAGCAGCAGCUGUCUGAGAAACUGGCCCAGGCCACAGCUGAGCGUGACCUACUGCUGAUGAUGGUGAAUCAGUUCAAGGAGCGUGAACAGCAGUUGCUACAGGUGCUGAACAUGCACAAUGUAAAGAUUGAUGGGCUGCCCCACACACUAAAUGGCCUGUGAAGACUUUGGCAGCAGCAGCCUAGCAAAUAACGACCCAGAGAGCUUUGGCAAGCACUGGGACAAUAGCAGCAGCACAGCUCAGCUCAGCAGCAGCAGCAGCGCUCAGCUCAGUAGCAGCAGCACAGCUCAGCUCAGCAGCAGCAGCACAGCUCAGCAGCAAUGACUCCUGCCUGACGGUCGUCACCACAGAAGGCCCCCAAAUCAGUGCCUUGCCCUUCUCCACUACCCACUCACCUAGAGGAAGAAGGCUUUGUGUGCCCUCUUUUCUCACCACACACCUUCUAAUAGAUACACUCACACCCUCACACUGCACACACCUUCCACACUUCCCUGCACCCUGCAAGCCCCAGACAGCUUGCACUACUGUCUAAAUGAAACUGAUGUGACAUUAUGUUGACCUUUGCUUUCCAGGAGCAGAAAUUAAUGUAAACCUUUAUUCCAUCCUUCCAGCUCAGAGUGUGGACAACAUUGAAGCAGAAGCAAGCCUCGGCAGGAAUGUGAGUGUUAAGCCACCAGGCUGCCCGCUGUCACCUUUUACUGCUGUGGCUGCUUGUACACUUCAUAGCCGGGAGACUCGCCGAGGAGGAGCCCAUGGUGGCAUAACCUGUCAGUUGCUGAGGAGAGAGAUGCAGCAGCAUGUCAACCAUAUUUUUUAUUUCAGGUCCGUGUAGACAGCAGUGAAGCAACAGCAGGCACCAGCCAGUCUGCCUGCUGCCCUCUCUGUCGCCACCCUGCAUGGAAGAGGAAGAUUUAGCAGCAGCUCUUAACCAUCUUCCCCUUUGCAGGUGGUAGGUAGGUAGGUAGGUACCAGUUUUAAUCUUGAUAUGCAUAUCUUUUACCUCUUUUUCUACUAACUAAAUACUCUGUUAAUGCAAAUCUACUACUUUCUGCACAUCUUUUGUGCUUACUAUGUACUGACUUGGCUGUUGUGUGUGUGUGUGUGUGUGUGUGGGGUCCUCUUUGGACAGGGCAAACUGUUAGUGUUUUCCUCAGACUAAUCCGCUUCCUUUUCCAUUCCUUCCCCCCAUCAUUGCUGUUUGUUACGGAAUGAGGGGUUUUCUUGUGUGUAUUUACCUAGUUGUGACAUAUGAGAGAAGAGCUACGCUCGCGCUGUCCUGUCUCCAUAUCCACUCUUGUCCAACUUUUCCUUAAAUUCAUGAAUGUUUCUUGCACAAACCACCACCUCCUUCAGUCUAUUCCAUUGCUCAGUGCUUCUGUUUGGGAAGCUAAACUUUUUCACAUCUCUCCUACAAGUGGUCGCCCUCAGCUUCUUUCCAUGUCCUCUUGUUUCUCUCUCAUUCCACACACACAGGUCCUCUCUGUCCAAAUGCUCCACUCCGUUCGCCACCCUGCACGCCGCUAUCAGAUCUUUCUCUUCUUCAGGGUUGUGAGCCCCAUGCUAUUGAGACUCUCCUCAUAAGUCCGAUCUCGAAGUUCUGGUACCAUCUUAGUUGCCACUCUCUGCACUCUUUCCAGCUUCCUUAUGUUCUUUUUGUGAGGAGACCAGACCACUGCUGCAUACUCUAACCUUGGCCUUAUCAUUGUGACUAUUAUUUUCUUCAUCUCCUCACCCAAGUAUACAAAUGCUGUCCUUAUGUUCCUCACCAAAUUCAGAGUUUGUCCCGUUAUCCUGUUGAUGUGUUUGUCCGGUGAUAUGUUCUCUGAGAUAGUCACUCCCAAAUCUUUUUCCUCCACUCCUCUGCAUAUUAUCUCACAUCCCAUCUUAUAAUCAUAUUCACAUCUACCACUCCUACCAAACUCCAAAUUUUUUACAUUUCCCAAGUUUGAACUCCAUCUGCCAUGUACCACUCCACUCCCAUAUUCUAUCCAGGUCCCUCUGCAAUGCCUCGCAGUCCUUCACAUCAUUGACUCGUCUCAAUAGCUUUGCAUCAUCUGCAAACAAGCUCACAUAGCUGGACACUCCAUCCACCAUAUUUAUAUAAACAGCAGACAUUAUUGGUGCCAACACUGAACCUUGUGGGACCCCACUCCUCACUCGGCACCAGUUGGAAACCCUGUCCCUGAUUAUUGUCCUCAUUUCCCUGUUAGUUAGGAAGUCCUCCGGCCACUUAGUCAGUCCAUCACCCACUCCACCCACAUUUUUAAUUUUCCAAAUUGGUCUUCUGUUCGGUACUUUGUCAGAUGUUUUAUUCAAAUCCAGGUACACUCCAUCCCCCCAGCCUUCUCUCUCCUGUAUUAAAUCUGUCACCCUUGAGUAGUAACACAACAAGUUGGUGAUGCAAGAUCUCCUUCUCCUGAAUCCAGACUGGCAAUCUGAGAUAAUUUUCUCACUUUCUAAGAAAUCCGACCACCUGUUUUUAACGUCUCUCACGUAUAUUCACAACCACACUGGUGAAUGAUACCGGUCUGUAAUUCAAUGGGUCCUCUCUCUUGCCUCCCUUAAAAAUCAGUACUAUGUUUGCUCUCUUCCAAUCUUGUGGUACCCUUCCUUCACUCGGAGGCACUCAUUAUGGAGUGCAGUUUCUCUGCAAGCUGCUCACUAUAUUCUUUCAGGAUCCACCCUGAUACUUCAUCAGGCCCUGUCGCCUUUCUUACAUCCAGCUUGUUCAAGCUUUCCUUGACCUCCUGAACCGUUAACUGUAUCUCCUGCAUAACCCUUCCUCUUUCCUGGCCUGUUGGUUGUACAAAUUCUUCUUCUUUUGUGAAAACUCUAUGGAAGCUGUUGUUCAUCACCUCUGCCAUCUCUGCUGGGUCCUCAUAUGUGGUUUCAUCCAUUUUCAGUUUAUCGAUUGUUUCUCUAUUCUUUAAUUUGCCGUUCAUAUGUCUAUAGAACAGUUUGGGUUGGUCUUUGCACUUGUCGAUUAUGUGUUUUUCAUAUUUAAUUUUUUCUUCUCUUCUAAUGUCUGUAUAUUUGUUCCUUGCUCGUUUGAAAUUGUUCCAUGAGUUGAUUCUUCUUCGUCUCCUCCAUCCCAUCCAAGCUUCCUCCUUUCUCUUUCUAGCUGUUUCGCAUCUUUUGUUAAACCACUUCUUUUUACCAACAUCCUUUUAGGUUACCAUGGGGACAUCUAUUUUUGGCUUCCUUGUAUAGCUUUAAAAACUCCUCCCACUUAUCCUGUGUACUUUUGGCUUUGUACAGCCCACUCCAAUUUGCAUUUUCAAAAAAGGUUCUCAUGCUAACAAGUCUGGCUUCUCCCAAUUUUGUGAUCCUCUUUUCGGUCAAUCGUUCUCUUUUCUGAUACUUCAAAUUCCACAACUGCUUGGUCACUCUUCGCUAUUGGACAAUCUACUUUAAGAUUUUCUAUUACUUCCGGCUCCAUACCAAAUACCAGGUCUAGUCUUGAUGCCUCACCUUCUUUCCCGAAUCUGGUAUGUUCCUUGAUCACUGAGUCAGCACAUGUUCCAUUGCCAGUUGCAGGAGUCUUCCUCCCCACAACUCGUCUGCUUCCUGCGUCUGCUAAUCCACUUAUUCCACCUCCUUGCAGUUGAAAUCGCCCAUUAUAAUUAUUCUUUCACACUCCCUCAACAUUCCAUCCAGGCAACUUAUCGUGUCUUGUAUCAUUUGUUCAUAUUCACACAACUCCCAUGCGCUUGUUCUUGGGGCACAUACCCUACUACAUACUGCCUCCUUCUUCCUUCAGCACCCACAAUUUUCACUGUCAACACCUCUGCCAAGCCUUCACCCUCAAUCACCUCCUCCACCCUAAUGCCUUUCCUUACCAUCAACAUCACCCCUCCUCCCUGUUUUAUCUUUCUGUCUCUCCUCCAUAUGUUAUAUGCACCUUCUCCAAUCCCCACCACCUCAACUGAGUCACACAACUUAGUUUCCAUCAGCCCCACAAUAUCAGGUUCUUUGUCUCUGAAAUUGCUGUUAAACUCUAUGCACGAUGAAACUAUUCCAUUAAUAUUCGUAUAUGUCACUUUCCACCCUUGCUCCUUUUCUGUUAGUUUCGUUCCCUCCUUCCUCUCGUCACCAUGAACCACUUCCUCACUUUCAUAUCCAUUACUCUCCAAAAUAACUCCCUCUUCUCUUCUCUCGAUCUCUUUCAUUUAAAUCACGAACCUCACCUCUAAAUUCAUUCAACUUAACUCUCUUGUUCAUUCAGAUCUAUUCUCAGCCACAUCAUUUUGGUGUCUUCUCCUGCCAGCUUCCAAGCUCCUGCCAGGGCCUCUUCUGCUUCACUCUGUGCCUUAAAUCAUAUUCUAAUUGGUCUAUCUCUUUUGUCAUUGUAUUUUACAAUUCUAUGCCAGUCAUCUGUUUCUUUCACUAGGUCACUUCCCUCUUGUAUCCUUUGCAUGACCAUCUCCACUGCAUCUCUCAACCUGUUCUCUCUCACAGCUUUGCCCGAGGUCUUGUCCUCCUUGACGCCAAACAGAAUGACGCUCUUCUUUUUGUCAACCGUGCCUCUUACCGGUGCCUCAUUUUUUUUUAUCACCUUCACCUCCUUCUCAGCCAUCUUCUCUUCCAGCUGCUCUUCUACUAUUUCUUUAAAGCUCUGCACACUCCCCCUCUGCAUCAUCUCUGCACCACCGUCAACUUUCUGUUCCAACUUCUUAACUCUCGCUCCACUUUCACUUUUUCAUAAUUUCGCUUCUCCUCCCUCCUCUCUCUCCCUUCUCAAUUCACUCACCAUCUUCAUCACCACUUCAAAAUCACUCUCCAACCCUUUCACUCUUCUCUGCAAUAAUCUAUUCUGCAGCUCACUGUUAUUUUCCUCUAAUCCAGAGAAGUCUGCUGAAUACCACUGUAGUUGUAAUGGCGGCGUAAACAAACACCGCACAUCACUCGUCUCCUUCUCAGUACGGUUUUCUAUAUUCGCCUUUCUUAAUACACUAACACUUUCCUCCAGCCUUCUGCACCCCUCCUCCCAACCUCCAACCGGAACAGUGCCAGCAAUGCCCCUCCCCCGUAUGUCAGAUUUUAGGUAAGAUAGGUAAAAUAUCCUUUGGGAGCUCCAUCCUCCCACGUUCACACGCAACGGUGGUGUGGGUGUGUGGGUGUAUUUACCUAGUUAUACUUUUACAGGGUCUGGGGGUCCCGUCUCCGUAUCUACAUUUAUCCAACUUUUCUUUAAAGCUUUGCACUCUCCUCGCUGAUACUACAUCCCCAAUUUUUUACUAUGUCCUCGUGUGUGUGUGUGUGUGAUCCUCGUUGGACAGGGCAAACUGUUGAAUGUUUUCCUCAGACUAAUCUGCUUCCUUUUCCAUUCCUUGCACCCCAUCAUUGCUGUUUGUUACGGAAUGAAGGGUUUUCUUGUGUGUGUGUGUGUGAUCCUCUUUGGACAGGGCGAACUGUUGAAGGUUUUCCUCAGACUAAUCCGCUUCCUUUUCCAUUCCUUGCACCCCAUCAUUGCUGUUUGUUACGGAAUGAAGGGUUUUCUUGUGUGUGUGUGUGUGUGUGUGUGUGUGUGUGUGUGUGUGUGUGUGUGUGUGUGUCCUUCUGUAUGCAGACAUAUACAAGAAACACAUGCAUGCUGAUAGACAUACUUUUUUUCUCAUAUUUUAGGUAAAUUCUUUUGCUCUGCUUAUUCUCAUUCUUUCAAGUUGCCAGUCAGUCCCUUCUUCUAGCUCUCUUGUAAUUUAUUUCCCAUCUUUUCCUGGUAUUGUAUCCUUUAGCUUAGUCUAUUCUCCUAGUUUUGCCUUUCCUUUAACCAUCUCUAUCUAUUGCAUCUGUCAUCCUGUCUUCUAGGCCUAGGGAUUGAGCAGAUAUUGUCUAUUUGUCAAAGCAUAAAUGCACUUGCCCAUAGAGACGCCCUUCUUCAGAAAGUUUGGGGGCUUCGUGGUGCAGUGGUUAGCACACUCGGCUCACAACCGAGAGAGCCCGGGUUCGAUUCCCAGGGCGGAGUGGAAAAAUUUGGGCGGCUUUUCUGAUACCCUAUGCCCCUGUCCACCCAGCAGUGAAUGGGUACCAGGUAUUAAUUGGGGGUUGUAUCCCGUCUCCUGGGAUCUGUUCCCUUCUCCUAUAAUUCCUUCCCCCCUCUGUCUCUCUCCGGUAUAUGACCACAGAUGUUGCGCCGACUAAACGAAACUUUCCAACUUCAGAAAGUUUGCUGCCUGCUGCUUGGUUGAAUACAUGAUGUUGGAAUGGCACCAUUGUAUUUUGAAUAACUGCUGGGUAAUGGGAAUCAAAACUUAUUUACUAACUCAAGUUUCUCACUGAUGUGUCAUGCCAAUAGAAAGUGAUAAUGAAUUAGGGAAUUAUGAAGUAAUGGGCAGAUAAGUUGUGAUUUGUUAAUGUUAACCAGUCACUCGAGUCAGCAGGAGGCAUGUUUAGGAUGUACACUACUUUAUAUUUAGUUUUUCACUUGUUUUAACACAGAUUAGUAAAUAGUAUCUAUGAACGUAAUUGCUUUUAUUAGUUUCAUAAAUACAGAUGGGGAAUACCGUAGUGUAUAGCCUUACCUAAUGUACUGUCACUAUUGUGCCCUACUGGAUAACCAGCUUGAUACAAAGCGUACAGUUUAUAUUCACACUGAUUUAACCUUGUAGCAGCGACGGGCCAAAUUUGUGCCAUGAUAUAAACCCCCAAAAUAGAUGAUACAUAAUCUGAUCACAAAUGCUUUGAUAUAUAUUAUGAAAUGGUUUGUGUGAGGGGUGAUUUUUUCUCAUUUUUCUCGCUUGGAGGGACCGUUAAGAAACAUGAUCCCUGCUGCUAUUGGGUUAAUAAUUUUUUCCAGAAGAUCUAAUGUAUUACCAAUAAAUUGUGGAAUGGA